UUGAUAUGUGAUGAAAGGUCGAGAUGAGCUAUCCAGCUUCCACCAUCUGUGAAAAGUAAACAAAAACAAGACCAGCAGGACUUUUUUUUACAAAUCGCACAUUUUUCCUCAGUUUUGUGACAGUAACCACCACCACUACCACCAUGACGCGCCACUCCAAGAACUGCACGGCCAGCUCGGUGUACUCCUACCAUGAGAAGCGCAAGGACGCCAAGGUGUCAGGCUACGGCACGCUGCAGCUGCGGUACGGCAAAGACGGCGUGAAGGACUUCGACUGCUGCAGCCUGUCCCUCCACCCCUGCCGGGAUCCUGUCGUCACCCCCGAGGGCCAUCUAUUUGACAAGGAGGCCAUCUUGGAGUACAUCAUCAGCAAGAAGAAUGAGAUCUCUCGGAAGAUGAAGGAGUACGAACGGCAGUGUAAGCAGGAACAGACAGAGUUGGCUGAGUUGAGUGAGGCAGAAAACCGCUCCCGUGUAGAGAAGUUCCUCCAGACUGAGACCGCUGUUUCCUCCGCUUCUCAGGCUGCGCAGGGCAAAGGGGCCAGCAGCAGCACCACCACCACCACCAGCACAGCCACAAAGAAGGCAGGCAGUUCGGGCACAGCUCCUCCCGCGGGUUCCUCCGUGUCCAACAUGGUGGCUGGCCGGGACAAGAAACUCCCCAGCUUUUGGAUUCCCUCUCUUACACCAGGGAACAAGGAGGCCAAGAUUGCUAAGCCGGACAAGACCAUCAAGUGCCCCAUCAGCGGGAAACCCCUGAGAGCCAAGGACCUGAUUCCCGUCAAGUUUGCACUGGCCCUGGACAGUGACAAGGGACAGCGGGGUGGGGCGGGGCCAUCGCUGGAGGGGUCUCAGGAGCGCUAUAAGUGUCCCGUCACUGGUGAUGUGCUGAGGAACAAUGUGGCGUGUGUUGUGCUGCGUCCCACUGGUGAUGUGGUGACCCUGCGCUGCGUGGAGACUAUCAUUCGUAAGGACAUGAAGCAUCCCCUCACUGGCCAGACACUCACGGAGAAGGACAUCAUUACUCUGCAGAGGGGAGGGACAGGAUUCGCCAUCACCAACCAACAGCUGGCGAGUGAGAAGGCCCGGCCAGUGCUGCAGGCUUGAGGGUACCACCACCACCACCACCACCACCAGGGGCUUGAGGCAGAUCUCGGCUCAUCUUCAUCAUCAUCACUGUCCGUCACGCUUAUCAUUGUCAUCAAACCUGGAUGUUAUUGUGAAGGAAGGUGACGAGUGUUUCUAUUUUCAUUAUUCAGUCACUUCAGGAAAUUCUUGUCAGGGUUCCUUUUUUUUUUUUAUCUGUGGUAAAUUUAAGUGAAUCUUUCUCUUUCAGAUCAUCAAUUUAUAACUGGAUUAUCAUUUCAUAGCAUGGUGACUCUUGUACAGCAUAGGGAGGGCUAGGAAGUAGUGCAGGUUCUUAGAAAUAUUGAAAAGACAUGUUGAAUCAUUAUUAUUUUGUGCAGAUUCUUACAAAAUUAUUGAUAUGACAUAUUAAAUCAUUAUUAUUUUGGUCCAUCGUCUCAUCGUCUACACUACAAUACAAGGGGGGUUAGGAAGUAGUGCAGACUCUUAUAAAAUUAUUGACAUGACAUGUUGAAUCAUUAUUAUUUAUCCAUUUGUGACUUGGAAUUAACCCUUUCAGUGUGAUAUACACCAAUUCAAAGCACUAAAGCAGUGUAUAAAACCUCUGUCAGUGUUCACAAGAAAAAUAGGGAUGAAAAGAAUAGAUUUUGCUAUAUAUAUAUAUAUAUAUAUAUAUAUAUAUAUAUAUAUAUAUAUAUAUAUAUAUAUAUAUAUAUAUAUAUAUAUAUAUAUAUAUAUAUAUAUAUAUAUAUAUAUAUAUAUAUAUAUAUAUGAAGAAAUGUCCCAGAAUGAUUAAUUAAAGGUGUACCAAUGACAGUGGAAGAGUUAAUCAUUAUGCAAGUAAGAGUUUAUACCUUAGAAAAUAAAUGUAGUAAAAGUAAUGUGUA